AAUAGUCUAUUUCUGACAGUUCUGGGACAUGAUCAGAGAAAUGUGACCAGAAUUACCACAAUCCACCUCGUAGGACUUCAGAUUCCUCAAAGUAUUACAGUUUUGGUGUUUUUUCUUUUCCUUAUACUUUAUUGUGUGACAAUAUGUGGAAACCUCCUGAUCAUCACAUUGGUGUCCUACAGCAAUUCCCUCCAUUCCCCCAUGUACUUCUUCCUCUCUCAGCUUUCUGCAUUGGAUCUCAUGCUGUCAACUGAUAUUCUUCCUAACAUGAUCAGCACUGUUUUGGUAAACAAGACAACAAUGUCAUUUUCUGGUUGUCUAGCUCAGUUUUCUUUCUGUGCUAUCACAGGAUGUUCAGAGUGUCUUCUUUUGACAGCGAUGAGUUGGGACAGAUAUUUGGCCAUCUGUAGACCAUUGCAUUAUACCUUGAAAAUGAACUAUCAGGUUUGCUGGAUGCUGGUUGUCCUAUGCUGGAUUUCAGGGAUUUUUGUAGUGUUGAUUAAUAAUUUAUCCAUAUCAAAAUUAGAAUUUUGUGGUCCCAAUGUCAUUGAUCACUUUUUCUGUGACCUUGAUCCAAUCAUGCAACUCUCCUGCUCUGACACCACCAUUGCUCAUUUAGAAAUGACAAUUAUGGGUGCUAUUAUUCUCAUUUUCCCAUUUUUCACCAUCUUUGUGUCCUAUUCUUAUAUUAUAGUCACCAUUUUAAAAAUCCCGUCUAUUACUGAUAGACAGAAAGUUUUCUCAACAUGCAGCUCCCACCUGACUGUUGUGUCCAUGUUUUAUGGUACCCUAGUUUGUGUUUAUUUGACACCUAGGAGAGGACAGACACAGACCCUAAAUAAGCUCUUAUCAUUACUGUACACUGUUAUCACUCCAAUGAUGAAUCCAAUUAUAUACAGCCUGAGGAACAAAGAUCUGAAAAAAGCUGCUAGAAGAUUGAUCAACCACCUUUCCAGGAUUUGUUUUAGUAAAGAUUAA